GGCUGGGGGAGGGCAGGGGAGGUAAGUGGAGAGCAGGUUGCUGCAGGGCAGAAGAGGCUGGGGUAGGGGGUGGCUGGGACAGGGGAAGGCAAGUGGAGGGCAGGUUGUUGCAGGGCAGGAGAGACCUUUAAACCCCCAGUUGGGGCAGAUCUGCAGAUGGGAGGGGGACACAGAGCAUGCUGCAGUGGGAUUUAAACCUGGCUCUAGAUGGAGGAAUACAUGGUAUCUCUGCUGAUCCUUAUUGAGUGUCAAUAGCCCCAGGUCAGCACUAACUGCCCAGUCCAGGUGUCAGAGAGCGCUGGGGGCCCGGGAGAUCCUGGCUGGAGAUUAGGCUGAUGCUUAGCUGAGUUCCCAUUGAGCAGCCACUCACUGUCCAGGCUAUGGAUCAGCUGGGAGCUGGGAGGCUGGAAGGAAGCUGCCUGGAGGCCCCCCCUGAUCUCAGGGACCUGGAGACUAAGCUGGGAAGGAAGACCCCCGAUGGACUGCUCCGCUGGAUAAGAGAGGACCCUGUGCAACAUCAGGGGGAUCCUGGCUUGGUCAUCAUGGAGAAUGGCGAGCAGGGACUGGGAGACAAGAUCAGGGCUCUAAAACUGGAACUGGCCUGCUUGAGAGCCAUCGACGUCAAGAUACUUCAUCAGCUGCUUGCUGUUAAUGACGGGAUUGAGGCUGUGAAAUGGAUCCUCGAGGAGAAGGGAAACCUAACCAGUCGGUGCAGUAGUUUGACCAGCAGCCAGUACAGUCUAGCAGAAAGUCUGGAAACCUCCCGUCGGGGAAGUUUGAAUAGUCUCCAGGAUCCCGCUGAUAAACUAGACAGCAUCUCUAUUGGUAGCUAUCUUGACACCCUUGCCGAUGAUCUGGACGAAUACAGUCUGAGCACCAGUGAACCUGCUGUCACCUCCACUCCUCAUCGCCAAGGACUUCCCUUGAUGAUCCCUGACAAAGAUGUGGACAAAGUUGGCCAAGAAAGAGAUGUCUUAACUGCAACAGUUGCCCUGCAUCCAAGAGGGGAACGCGAAAAAGCCAAAUUAGACAGGGAAUUCUUUAGAGCAGAUUACAUGUCUAUGUCUGCCACUAGUCAAAAUGUUGGUGACAGAGGUAGGAUCACCAAGAAAGUUGGGCAUUUGCAAGCAGGUUAUGUGGGUGACACUCCAAAUGGAAUUUUGGGCAAACAAGAGGCAAAUAAGGAACGCUGUGUGGAGUCAAAACAUUUUUCAGAGGAGGCCUCAAAAACAAGUCCUAAAAUAAAACUAGGUCAGAAUGGCAAAGUGGAUUUGGACAAAAUAAAUAAUAAACUUCAUCUGGAAUAUGAUGCUCAUUGGAGGUGGGUGCAGUCUCAGGAUGAUGUGACGUUUUUGUAACAAGCACUUCAAGUUUCUCCAAGAGUUACAAGUAUUGUGCUAGAUUUGGAAUGUUUGUUCUUGAGCAGUAACUGUUCACUUGGUAGUCAUGAUUAACCCCAAAGACCAUGAUGAAGCUCCAGCAAAUGACUAGUCUUUGUAGGACAUCAAUCCAAAACGUUUGAAAUGCUUUUACGUUCCAAGGAUAGGAACCUCUAAAGAAAGCAGAAUAGUUUUUUGGUUUUAAAAUUAUUUUUCAUCCUUGGCACAAAACUCCCACACCCUUCACCCACCAACCACUAAAACCGAUACGAAAAUACCCAAAAUAAAUUACCCAUUUGAUAUGGAUGAGAAAUUAAUCAUGUGAUGAGCACAUCGGAUUUGCAUUCAUAACUAUUAAAGUUUGGGUUUAUUAUCUAAUGUGAAAGAUUUAUAGAAAAUUGAAUGCAUACUUAUAAUCAUGGGUUUGCAUUUAGAAUGUGGUUUCCUUAGAUAAAGUCCUAGAAUUAAAUCGAUACAUGUGAAAUUGCAUUAUAAAUUUGAAGUUUAGGUCUGCUGUAUGUGACACUUGGCGUUGUGAGUUGCAGCACUCUGUUGAGAGAGUGCACAGUUACACAAACGUCCACAAUUGCUGCUAUCCAAGUAGUCCAUAUAUAUAUAUAUAUAUUGAAAUGGGAGUACAAUGCAACAUCUUAUUUUUAAUGACAUUGCUAAUAGUUUGGCCACAAUUAUGUCCAGGGUAUUCUUUGUGUUCUGUAAAGUGUUACUGUGUCAUAUCUCAAUUACUAUUGGAAUCUGGUCUCUGUAGUGGAGCCAUGUGUCAGUCGAAAGAGACAAUCUUGGAUUUCCACUAAUCUUUUGAAAUUUAGGGAAGGUUAAGUUCAACUUGGGAAGGUUAUUGGAAAUCUAGUUUCCAUUGAUCAGGUCUAAAACAAGAUCGAAUCAAACUGUUUUCACGUAAUUUGAUAAAAUCUGGGUCUCUAGACCCAAAAACAGCCCUCUGCAGCCACUGAUAAAAAGUGAAGUCUCACUGCCAGAUUAUUUGCACACGUUUGUCCAGCCUUGCCUGCUAAUGACAGGGUGUGAAUGCUGGGUUAAGCGGUGUCCAGCUCUCCAAGCCCGUCAUUACUAUCCAGGUCUAGACGGAUUGGUGCUGAAGGCAAACUUGUGCCGUAUCUCUCAAUUCUCUGCAGUUGACAUGAGCUAUGUACAUAGACAAGAUUAAAAGAAAACACACUCAAAUCAACCUUCUGCUUUGCUCCAGACCCUGAGCAUAUUAAUGAAGGGACAUUUUUAUAAAACCCCAGUUUAUGCCCGUACUGGAAAAUGUAUGAUUCUCAAGAAUAAUACUGACAGUCCAUGAACUCAGCGGGAACUUUUCUUUGAUGAUUUUGAUGCACAAUGUUUGAGUUGGUUUCCAGGGCAAAUCAGGGGCUUACUGGUUGAAUUUUGCUAAUAGAUAUUGAGAAAAAAAAAAUUGAGAGUUAAAAAGGCCGAAUGACCUCUUUUUACCUUUCGUUAUGUUUCGCAAAUCCAGAAACUCUAUUUUUAUUUCUGUGUUUUGCCGAUUUGUUCUCUGAAUAUAAAUAUCCUUGGGAAGUAUUCGGUGUUUUAAUUUGUCAAUAACGAUUGAUGCAUUUUAUUCGAUUACAUUUAUGCUUUACUUGAUCUGCCGCUUGACGUAUAUCCCCAUAAUGAUAGACAUGGAAGCACAAACAGAAAUUCCCACUGUGUUGGCUACAAUGUUAUUUUACAUAUGGAACCAAGUCCUGAAUUAUACAAUUUUAUCAGAAGAACUGCUUAAUAACUCACAGUUUUACUUUGCAUUUUGUUAUCUCAUAUUUAAUUUUAUAUACAUACUGUGGUUUGACCCGUAAUCAAAUGAAAUUUGAUGAUGUUAAAGCCAGCCCAUGAAAUGGUGAGUAAUUCUGAUCUGUUCUAUAUACAGACUCUCUAGAAUGCUGUGUUCGUUCUGCUUGUUCUGUGACUCCAAUCUGCUGCUACAGCAUUAGAUCUCCAGGUUAGCAAUAAUAUUUGCUGUGACUAUGCAGUCAAACAAUUAAAUAAAAUCUCUGUCUGACAAUG